AGCACCUUUUUUUGAAGUAUACUGAAAAUUGUCAUACUACAAAAAACAGCAGUUAUUCGGAUUGCUUGUAUAAUUGGAAUUGAGAUAUGAAUUAAAUGUGUAGCUUUUAAUUUCUAAUACAAGAAAACCCCCGAAAGCGAAACACAAAAAUCAUAUGUACCGUGUAACUUGUGUGUGCGUGUCUAUUGUAAAUCACGGCAACUUUUUUUGGGAUAUGAAUGUGGCGCUUAAAGUUGUAAGUUCCAGACUUCCUUACAAGUUUGCUUCUUUGUUUGUCAAGUGUGUUACUUGUGUUGAUAACCCAACAAUUCGGUCACGUACAUUUUUCACACAGAGUAAAAAAAAUCAUAGAAACGCUUGCAUUGCAAUUAGAGCAAGUAACAACAUUCGAAGCUUUGCAUCUGUAUUGACAACCAUGGUACAACCUUUACAAAAUCAAAGAUGGGAUUUGAGUGCUAAAGAAAUCAAAGAACAAGCAGAUGCGCUGAUGGAAAGUAUGAAAGCUGUGUAUGACCAAGUUGCUGCAGUGUCUGUUCAUGAGGCAACUUUCGAAAAUUCUAUUCUUCCAAUAUCAAACCUGGAUGUUACAUCCUCUGUUAUAAGAAACAACUUGGAUUUUUAUCAGCACGUUCAUACAAACAAGGAGCUUCGAGAUGCAAGUACUGAAUGUGAUAAAAAGUUGUCUGAAUUUGAAAUUGAGUUGAGUAUGAGAAAAGAUGUUUAUGACCGGGUGGUUGCUGUGGAGGGAAGUAAUAUGCAAUGUUCCAAUGAAGGUAAACGUCUUGUCACCAGGAUGGUUAAACUGGGUAAAAGAAAUGGACUUCAUCUUGAUGAUGAAACUCAAGCUAAAAUAAAGGCAAAUAAAAAGCGACAGACCGAGAUUGGUAUAGAUUUUCAGAAAAAUUUAAACGAAGAAAGUGAAAAACUUUUGUUUGAACCAGAGCAACUUGCCGGACUACCAAAUGACUUCAUCAAAUCUUUAAACAAAGACAAAGACAGUGGAAGCAAACUAGUGGUAACAUUAAAAUAUCCGCAUUAUUUUCCAAUCAUGAAGAAAUGUUCGGUUUCACAAACAAGGAAAGUGUUGGAAACAGCUUUUAACAGUCGCUGUAAAGAACAAAACAGUGCAAUUUUGGCUGAGUUGGUUAAACUAAGAGCAGAGAAAGCAGCAAUACUUGGUUAUGAGAAUCACGCAGCAUUCGUUCAUGAUAUGAGGAUGGCAAAACAUCCAGAUAAUGUCAUUAAGUUUACGAAUGAACUUGCAGAAAAACUACAACCACUGGGAAAAUGUGAUAGAGAUGAAAUGCUUCGUUUAAAAAAAGUGGAAUGUAAAAAUGGCAACGAGGAAUUUGACGGUGUGAUUAAUAUGUGGGACUUAAGAUACUUUAUGACCAAAAUUGAGGAAAUGAAAUAUUCAGUUGACCAUGACAAACUUAAACAAUAUUUUCCCAUUCACAUUGUAACCAAAGGAUUGUUGAAUAUCUACCAAGAACUGCUCGGUUUAAGAUAUGAGCAAGUAGAUGAUGCGCACGUGUGGCAUGAAGAUGUUACGUUAUACUCCGUGAAAGAUGAUGCGAGUGAAAAGUUAAUCGGACAUUUCUUCCUUGACUUGCAUCCAAGAGAAGGAAAGUACGGACACGCUGCUUGCUUUGAUUUAAUACCUGGAUGUUUGAAAGCAGACGGAACACGACAGCUUGCUGUAGCAGCGAUGGUUGCAAAUUUCACGAAACCAACUUCCGAUGCUCCGUCAUUACUCACUCAUGAUGAAGUUGAAACUUUUUUUCAUGAAUUUGGUCACGUGAUGCAUCAAAUAUGUGCAGAGGCAGAAUAUGAAAUGUUUAGCGGAACAAGUGUUGAAUGUGAUUUUGUGGAAGCCCCUUCCCAGAUGUUGGAAAACUGGUGUUGGGAAUAUGAACCACUCAAACAAAUGUCACAGCAUUAUGAAGAUGGAAGUGAAAUACCCCAAAAGUUGAUUGAAUCUUUGAUCAAGUCUAGGAAUGCAAACACUGGUGUCUUUUAUCUGAGACAAAUUGUUUUAGGAACCCUUGACCUGAAUAUUCAUAUGUGUGACCAUGCAGAUAUUGUACAGGUAUAUGCUGAUGCUUGCAAGAACAUUCUUUGUAUUCCUGCUACAGAAGGAACCUGCAUGCCAGCAACUUUCGGUCAUUUAGCUGGUGGAUAUGAUGCUCAAUAUUAUGGUUACUUGUGGAGUGAAGUGUUUUGUUUUGACAUGUUUUACUCCAGAUUUAAGAAAGAAGGAAUCAUGAACCAGAAAGUUGGUCGUGAUUACCGAGAGAAGAUUUUAAAACCCGGAGGUUCAAUUGACGCAGAGCAGAUGUUGAGAAACUUUCUCGGAAGAAAUCCAAACCAAGAUGCCUUUCUUCAAGCAAAGGGAUUAUCAGAAAAAUCUUCCUAGUUUGUGUUUUGGAUUUUGAAUUAGUUAAUAAAUGUGAGUGGUUAGUUUGGCACCAGAUAAGGAAUCUUUACAGAAUUGUGUAACAGUAAACCCACAUUUCUAAAGGAGCAUUUGUGUUAGUUAUGGGGAAAUACGACAUAUUAUAUGCUAACGGUAUCUAUCUUAUGCCACAGUAGGCCUACUAUGCAUAAAAAGUUUUACAAACGUAAUGAAAGUUUGACACAAUUUGGAAAUAACAAAAUAUUGUUGCAGUAUAGAAUAUGUGCGUCUCAAAAUGGUACGAAUACGUUGGUGUUUUUUGUUAUUACAGUCAUGUUAUAGUUACAACUUCA